AUGAAUACAUACGAUAUUCUUCUCUAUUCUACCUUCUAUGUUGGAAUUGUUUGUGUGUUCAUAGCAGAGUUUUACAUCCCCCAACUUUUAAAGUAUGGUAAGACUUGGAAAGCGUCAAAUAACUAUUGGUUUAACCUAACAUGUUCGAAGAGUACGUUUACCCAUUUCUAUCUGAUAGCGAUUGUGUUGAGUACUUAUAACUUGUUUGAAAAACGUAACUUGCUAACACUUUGUGUGUUCAUCCACAGCAUAAGGAGAUUGUACGAGUGCUUUUUCAUCACCAAAUGGGGUCAUUCUAAGAUACAUUUGAGCCACUAUUUAGUUGGUAUCUGGUUUUACACUACGUUGAACAUUGGCAUUGCGUUCAAGAAUGGAGAAACUGAAAACCGGUUAGUCUCCGUCGUAAUGUUCAUAGCAGCUUCUCUGGACCAAGCGGUUAACCACCAGCAUUUAUCGAAAUUAAAGAAGUACUCGAAACCAAGUUAUGGGCUAUUCAGGUAUAUAUGCUGUGCACACUAUUUCGAUGAGUUUGUAAUUUACCUGUCGUUUCUACUAAUGAACGUCGGUACGCGGGCAUUGUUAGCACAUUGUGUCGUCUGGAUCCUAGUUAAUUUAGGCACUAGCAGUCAUGAGACUGGGAAUUGGUAUUUACAAAAAUUUGGAUAUAGACCUAGAUGGUAUAUGUUACCAUAUGUAUUUUAA